UCAACGACAUUUACCUAGCUGCUUUUGACAACAAUGCAUCCGGGUUUCACAUUCAGCAUAAUUGAUUUUACAUUAUCAUUAACACAUUAAUAGUUCUUAUCGAUUUGAAAGGUUAACUUGAAUGUAACAUAAGAAAUGAUAACAUUUAAGAAGAAACUGUGGAGUAUAAUAUAAUAUAUUUUAAUAAACUUCAAAUAACUAAGCAUUUAAGUAUUUAAAUAUAAUAUAUAUAAAACACUAGCAUGAAACGUAAACGUAAAAUUGGCUGCUCCUCACCAUUACUUGAUGAUAGUCCAAAAAGAACGAAGGUACAUGCACAACGUAAGUUUGCCCAAGGAUCUAAUGUAAAUAGUCCUGUUAUAACUCCAAUAAAAGAACUCGAAUCAGAAAUACCUAAGAUAGAUGUUUUACCAGAACCAGUAGAGUUGUUGCCUAUUAAAAGACCAAAUACGGAAGAUUUUCUAACCUUUUUAUGUUUUCGUGGUACUCCUAUUCUUCCUCCUACUUUAAAUUUUUUUAAUACAGCCUCUAUUGUGGAUACAAAUGGUCAGGUACAUGAAAUUAAGGGGGAGUCACCCAAAAAUGGGCCUAUUGACAUCGCCAAGUGUGGAACUUCCUCAGAGAAACCAUUUAUUGCAUUUGGAGUUCGUAAAAGAGCUGAUCCUAUUGUAAUCAGUCGACAAAUGGAUAGAAAAAGAAGACAUGCUUUGGCUUUGCAAGCCUUACGUAGAAAAUAUCAAGAACAAAAAAUGGCCAAGAUUCGUGCUCUAACCAUAAGCAAAUUAUCGGAAAAAGUAACAAAUAAGACGUUGGUGCGGACAAAUACUGUAUCGAAAACAGAAACUGUUACGAAGAAAACCAACACUCUACAGAAAACUAAAGUGGUUGCUACAAAACAUGUGAAAGUAACUACUCAAACAUUAAAGACCACAUUGAGACCUAAAAUUAAACCAAAAAUGUGUUUGAGGAGUUUCAGAGGGAGAUUUGUACAGAAGGAAUUACCAUUUAGGAAGCGUGUUGUAACAAAUAAAAAGAUUAUUAAGAAACCUUUAGUACCAAAAAUGGAAACAAAGGAUAAGGAUGAGGAAGAAAGUGACUCUGAAGACGAGGAACCUUUAGCGAGUCCAGUUAAGGAAUCUAAACCGAAACCACUAGCUACUAAGGUCAUAAAAAAGACAGUUCCUGUAGUGGAAACAAGCCCACGUAUUACCAGAUCUGGCCCAACAAAUAAGAAGAUACAUGUACGAAUAAAACAAAUUAAAAAAAGAAUUUUGAUAUCAGCGCCUACUACAAUUGUAAAACCAAGGUCUUUAAGGUCGACUACUGUGAAAAAAACUAUCCUGUCGCAAAGGAAAAGUAAAUCUCUUAAAGCAAAACAAAAAUUAAAAGCUCAACAAAGAGUGCAGAGUUAUUUAACAAAUAAAUCAAAAUUAAUUGGGGAGAGGAAUGAGGUUUUAGAAAUAAAGAAACCAUUAACAAUCACUAAGAAAGAUACCAAAUUACAGAAUAUAAAAAAGGACACUCCUAAAAUUUCGGAUCAAAAAAAGGAAACAUGCAAAUCUAGCGACAUUAAAAAAUUCAUAGAUAUUAAAAAAUCUACUGAUUUUAAGAAGGAUGCCAGAAUUGUAGAACAAGACAAAACUACUGAUAUAAAAACCGAAGUGAUCAAGUCAACUGAUAUUAAGAAAGAGGUUAACAAAACCACUGAUGUGAAGAAGAUUAAUACCAAGCUAAUUGAAAAAAAGGAAACUAUUUCUAAAAGCAUUAAUAGAGAAAUUACAAAAUCAACUGAUGUUAAAAAAGAAAUAAAAAUUGUUGAAGUACCUGUUGGAAAACCCCCAGAAAUGAAAAAAGAUUUAAAAAUAUGUGUAGAGAAAAAUAAAAAAGAAAUGGUUAAAAUGUCUGAAAAUGUUAAAAAGACUAAGAAUAUUUUGGAUCAUAAAGAACCUUCCAGCAAUUUCUGUCAAGGUAAAAGAAUAAGGAAAGAUGAUGAAAAUAUUAAAAGUGAAACAAAUGUUAUAUCAGAGAAAUCUCAAAAAAAUAAAAGUGUUAGCCCUGAAAAUAAAAAACCAUGCAUUAAUGUACAAUCUGACAAAAAUAAGAAAAGUUUAGUUGAAGGCAUUAAAAAUGAUGGAAUUGGGUUAGAAAAACCUAAAAGAAAUCUCAAAAAUAUCGCUAUUGAAAACAAAAAACCUCUACUUGAAUCACCAUCAGAAGAUUCAGACCAGAAGGGUAUUGAUGGAGAUGUUAAAAAUGAAAGUCUAGCUUCGGAAAAAUGUAAAAGGAUAAACAAAAGUAAAUUUGUUGAAAACAAAAAACAGUCUCCCAGUUCAGUAUCAGACAAACCAAUUGUCAAAAAAGAAAUUGAUACUAAUAUUAAAGAAGUGUGUAAUACCUUAGAAAAAUCCAAGAGAAGCUCCAGAAAUAUUUCUUUGGAAAACAAAAAAGUUAAUAUUAAUUCCCCAGUGGACAAGAUAUUAAAAAGUGAUACUGACAUUGGUGAGAAAGAGAAAACUGGAAAUUUAGAGAAGUCAAAAAAGAAUUGUAAAGCAAUUGAUAAAUCUGCCCAAGGAAAUUCAAAAAAACUGCCGUGCAUUAAAAAAGAGAUGCCUGAAACUAGUACCAAAAAGGAAGUAGUUGUAAAAAGAGAGCUAUCUAAAGUAAAUGAAAUUUCAAAGAAAGAUAAUAAAAUUGACAUUCGAGAUAACAAUAUUAAAACAGGUACUACCAAAAGUUGUACAGCUAAAUGCAAAAAAGAUGCUUCAAAAAAAGAUGAAGAUGUUCUUAAGGAAGAAAACGUGAAGAAAAACAAUGACAAACUUGAAGAUGUAUCAUGUGUAUUGCCAAAGACGCAAAGGCCUUCAAGGAAAACAAAGGAGGCUGCAGCAAUUUAUAUGGAAAUUUUAAGUCACAAACUUGUCAAUGACAGCAAAAUCGAUGACGACAAUAUAUCAAUAGACAGCUUUCCAGAAUUACCUAAUGUAAAAAGAACUGAACAGAGAGAAAAUGAAUUAAAGGCACAAGCUAAAUACACAAAAGAUGACAUCAAAAUUAGGUCAAAAGUCAAUGAAAAUGAAAUUGAAAUUGAAAUAAAGGAUGUGUCAGUUCAAGUGGAAGAUGCAAAAUUAACAUCAACAACUAAACAACUAACAAUUUUUUCAGAAGUAAAAAAGUCCAACUGUGCAAAGAAAAAAACUGGAAAUGAAAUUAACUUGCUCUUAGAAGUAAAUCCAACAGACGAGGUUAAAAAAGUAAAACUCAAUAAAACGUCAAUAAUUCCAAAAAAGUCACCAGAUUUGAACAACGAAAUGGAUAGUGCCAUUGAAAAUAUUGCAACAGAAAAACCUACCUCUAAGAGGCAAACAAGGAAUUCCUGCCAAGGUAAUAAAAAAGAGAGUGAUGAUUCAGACGAGUCUUUUCAUAUUGACAUUAAAAUUCCAAGAGUGAAAAAACUAACACGAAGUAAAACAAUUAAAGUGUUGAAGACCGAGGACGGUGGUGAAAUAAUAAAUAUUAGUACUAAAUUAAUGACUAUACCCUCAAAAGUCUUCCCUAAAAACAAAAAAGAAUGUAGCUCAUCUGAUUCUGACCAAUCGACCACUUCUGAUAUAAAUUUACAAACUUUAAUGAACAGAGCAAAAAACAAGAAGUUUUCAAAGACUAAGUCAAUGAAAAAAACUGAAACAGCAUUCAGUGACUCUGAUGAAGAACCUCUUUCAAAAUUAACAAAUAGAAGUGUAGAGAGUAGCCAAAAUUCUUCUAUCCCUGAUGAAAAACUAAGGGAAAAAUCUUUGCAAGAUUUAAAAGUAAAAGAACUUCCAAAGUCCAAUUCAAAGUACAGAAGCAGUAGUAAAACGAAUCAGCCAGCCAGCCUUGAAAUCGAACAAGAAAAUGUGAAACCUAAAAGAGAGUGUGCAAAAAGACCUCAAAACUACCUCCCUAUGCUGUCUUCAUCAGACGAAGAUGAUAUAUUUCAUGGUUUUGAUGAAAAAAUUGAAGACAAAAUUAUCAAUCCCGUAACAUCUAUCGAACCACAUUGUUCGCAUACCCCUCCAUUUUUGGAUUUAUUAAGUAAAGACAUUGGACGUAGAUAUGGCAAAGAAAAAGUUAAUAUGUCCAAUGAACAGAUAGAAAAAUGGCUUAAAGACUCUGCUUUAGCCGGAAGUAGCAUUAAAAAAGAAAACGAUGAGAUGCUAAAAUUUGGAGAAAGGAUUCCCACUGAAACAACAUUAGACGGGGGCGACCACAUAGACACGCAGAAAUUAAAAACCUCAUUGCUGGAGGUCCAGGAAUUAAAAAAGGAAAGUAGCGAAAAAAUAAUGGAGGAUGUCAUUGAUGUUCCAUUAAAAUCUGUAAAGGUCGAAUCGACGUUGAUCGCUCAAAUCAAACCACAAGCGAUAGAUAGGAAAUUAAUAUUUCGUAAAAGCAAAAGGGACACCAUACCCAACGUAAAUGCUUUUUCGCCUGAGAAUGAGAGUAGUGUUUAUGCUUUUGGUGAGGAAAAUGAGGAUGUUAUUAGUACGCCAUUUAGACGACCUUCUAGGAGGCCUUCCAGUACAGCAACGUCAAGAUCUGAAGACGAAUCGUCUAAACAUGAUGAUUCCUUAAAAAUCGGUCCAUUUCGAAAACCGUCUCUAAAACAAGACGUAUUAAAAUACAACAAAGAAGAAUCUGAUGCAAAUAUUGACACCGAUGAGAGCUCUCACCAUUUUUAUAUCCCACAGAAGCCAACCAAACACAAUUCCUCCAAACUGCAAUCGGGUAGUAACUUUUCCAACAAAUUAAAAAAUGAAAACAAAUCUCUCGUUAAGCCGGGUAAAAGUACGGAUAAAAUUUCAGAAUUGGACGAUUUUAAAUAUAAAAUACCGAGUUCACCGAGCGCCAGUUCUUCAUCCAGCGCGAAACUGUACAAACGUCAAACGCAGAAACCAAAAAUCAGACCUCCAGAGUUCAUGAAUCCCAUCUACGUAUCGGAUUUUCCUAAGAAAACUGACGCGGCCAAAUUGGUGGAGGCCCCAGUUUUUCAUCCGACCGAUCAAGAGUUUCAAGACCCGUUGGAAUAUAUCGAGAGGAUCAGACAUAAAGCCGAGCAGUUUGGGAUAUGUCGCAUAGUACCUCCGAGUACGUUUAAACCUGAAUGUAAGGUACUGGACGAUAUGAGAUUCACCGCUUACAAUCAGUACGUUCACAAGAUGCUGUACCGUUGGGGGCCAAAUUUCAAGGAACUCAUGGCGAUUAAGAAGUAUUUGGAAACUCAGAAUAUCAGUUUAACGCACCCGCCAUGGAUCGGUGGGAUGGAAAUCGAUCUUCCACGGCUUUAUCAAACCGUACAAACCUUGGGCGGGCUUAAAGAGGUGAUAGAAAAGAAGAAGUGGCCACGUGUUUCGGAACUAAUGAAAAUACCGAAAUCGGCACAAGAUCGAGUAACGAAACUAGAUGAUAUUUACUGUAAAUAUCUUCUGCCCUAUGAUACUUUGUCUCCAGCGGAGAGAGAAAAACUAUUUGAUGAAGUUGAAACGGAAUGGGCCAAAAGAGAAUCUAAGACUCUGUUGAAAGUGCAACAGAAAUUGAUCGGCGAAGAAGCCGCCACCGACGGUGACUCGGAUGCUGAUGACAAUGAAGUCGAAGAAUGCAUUACGAAAGGUCGAAAUAUGGCUUUAAAUGCAUUUUAUAGGAUCGCUAGGAAUACCAUGAGUAUGUACUUCAAAACGCCAGAACCCUCGGCUCAAGACGUGGAACAGGAAUAUUGGAAGCACGUCACUUUGCGACAAAACCACAUUUGCGUCCACUCGGGAUCUAUAGACUCGGGAAGCUGGGGAUACGGUUUUGCCGUUUCUAAAAAUAGUCCAUUUGCCAGGCACCCGUGGAAUCUUAAAGUUUUAACCAACAAUAACGGUUCUGUAUUGAGAUGUUUGGGACCGAUUAUGGGUGUCACAGUGCCAACGCUUCACGUUGGAAUGGUUUUUAGCGCAUGCUGUUGGUACCGUGAUCCUCACGGACUUCCAUGGAUCGAGUAUUUACAUACCGGAGGCAGCAAAAUCUGGUACGCCAUCCCAAAUUCCACCAGUGAAAUGUUCCACUCCGCUCUAAAGAACCUAGUUCCAAACUAUUGCAAGAACAAAGAAUUGUGGUUACCAUCUGACACUGUAAUGGUACCGCCGAGUCUGUUAGUUGAAAACAACGUAUCAUUAUGCCGCACAGUACAAGACCCGGGACAGUUCAUCGUCGUGUUUCCAAAAGCUUUUACAUCCUGCAUCAGCACCGGAUACGUUGUGUCGGAAAGCGUCUAUUUUGCUCCGCCGUAUUGGCUUAAAACUGCCCGGGGUCUUUUCGAUUCGCUCAGAAACAGUAAGGAACCGUCGAUGUUCUCGCUGGACAGACUAAUUUUAAAUAUAGCUUCGGACGGGAGGUGUAAUACGGAAAUAUUAAGACAAAUAAUUCCACAUCUACAAGCACUCUGUGAUAACGAGAAGGAAAAGAGGUUGAAGUUAAGCAACUUUGGUACAAUGGAAAGUGAAAGGAUGCCCCUGCCUGAAGCGGGGAACCGGAGGAAGAAGAAGCUGCAAGGAGAGGAAGGGGACUACGAGUGCGAAGUCUGUAGGACGAACUUAUUUGUAUCUAUGGUUUUCGACACUCAAGAUGCGGUAACUUAUUGCUUAGAUCACGCUCUAGAAGCGAUUGAGAAUAAAACAUCCCAAAUAAGCAACUGCAAAUUUAUGUUCACAUACGAUGACAAGGAGAUAGAAAGUUUACCGACUAAAAUAAAAAUGACCAUAGAAAAUAAGCUGCAAAAGAAAGUUCCAAACAAAUAUGCCGGUAUGCCCACUUUACUGAAAUAAUUUCAUGUGGUUACUUAUGUGUCACAAUAUGAGAUACACAUAGGAGAGAAAGCUAUACAGGGUCAGAAAGUACCGAUGGUCUAUCUGCCGUUACGUGAGAGCGAUAAAGUAAGUCAUAGAAAUCCGUGCGA